AUGUCUUUCAAAAUUGAAUGUGUACCUGGGCUGGAAAAGCGUAUGAACCAGCUGUCUUCUGUUCUUGAAUUCUUUCCCCACCCUCAAUCCGCAUAUCGAACACAAGGUCAAACGGCUACACAGACAGCAACUCCAGCCUUAACUCGAUCGCCCGGACGAUCAACCAAGUCGAGCUCACCAGCUACCCCGCGGGACUCGUCCGACCGAGCUCUCAUCGGCCCUCCCAUCCAUCCUCGUCAACUUUCACGCUGA